AUGGGUGCGGCGCGCGACGUCGGUGACUGGCAGUGCGUAGGCCGGGCGACCGACGAGCCCGUGCUCGCCGGGCCGACGGCCGCUGCAUGGAACCCUGCCGGACGGGACGGCACAGACUUGGAGGAGAACCAACAGGCUGUGGCAAUACGCAAUGACGAAGAAAACAAAUUGCAUGAUUGUGUGAUUUAUGUGGUUGGAGAGAGUGGUAUUGGGAAAAGGUAUCUGGCACAGAAAGCAUACAAAAAUGAAACCAUUAAGAAGAAUUUCGAGGUAUGUAUGUGGGUGAGCUUUCCACCAGGCACCAGCAACAUCACUGAUCAUGUAAAAAGAAAGUUGGAAGAUGAGUGCUCCAAGCUACAACCUGGAGGGAAGAAUAUAGACCAAGUGAAGUACUUGGUUGUGGUAGAUUGGCCAAUGAGCGGCACCAUGCUUGAGGCACAUAAUUGGCUCAUGUCCGGCAAAGAAGGUAGCAAGAUUGUGCUGACAGCGACGUCGUCUAGUCCCUGUGAUGAAGACAAGAACGUUGACAUCGUUGAGCUUCGUUGUCUGCUCAAAGAUAAGAGCGAGAAGUUGUUCAACAGGAUCCUGGGCCUGCGGGGGCGUCGGAAGAGUAAUUACAAGACAGAAAUGAUGGAUACGAUCCGUAAAGACAUUGAAAAGAUAACCAAGGGACUACCACUCGCGGUGGUUCUUGUUGCCAAGCUCAUGAGGACAAUGGACUACAGCAAGUGGGAGACAGCAUCCAAGUACCUCAAGGAGAACAACCAAGACGACCUGCUCAUGACCAUAGUGUCCAUGAGCAUCGAUGACCUCCCCAAAGAACACAGGCCGUGCUUGCUCUACACGGCAGGCUUCCCGGAGCGCAGCACGAUCGAUGCUGGCCAACUAGUGCGCCUCUGGGCGGCGGAGGGCUUCCUAAUUCAGCAGCCUGGGGUGGAACAAGAAGAGCUGGGCCAGCGUUAUCUCAAGGAGUUUAUCUUCCGUGGCCUUAUGCAGCUGGUGAAGAAGAAAGCAGACGUCGUGGAAUCAGUAGCUAUUCAUGACCAGGUCUAUGAGAUUCUCAGGUCCGAGGCGCAGCGCAUUGGCCUCAUGGAAACGCACUAUGGUGGUGGGUAUGCCCCUGCCACAGUCAGCGCGAAGCGCCUAGCUCUCAACAACAACAAAAUGCCGUACAAAACAAAGGUGCUUUGGAAGGUGAGAACCGUGUUGUCCCAUGGUGCACAAGGCAUUAUGGGAGGUGCCAAGCUGCCCAGUGGAGCUCAUGAUGCCAAGCUCAUCGAAGGUGCCAACCGUGCUGUCCACAUUUCUCAAGAAAUACCACCUCUUUACAUAUUAGGCGAGCUAAUGGGCUUCAGGGUGGACACGGUCCGGGCCGGGUCACAAGAUUUCAAGCAAGGCUUCAGGCAGCUGCUCAAGGAAUCUACAUUCCUUCGUGUCAUCAGCCUCGAGGGCAUCAACAUAGGCGAGAAGCUGCCAAAUUGA